ACAAAAUAAAUGUAAGCGAGUAACAGAGUAUACGUUCCUGUGGUGUGAUCUUUCUUCCAAAACUACAAGAGGCACAAUAUGGAUGGCAUUGGGAAGCUAAUGAGAUUUCGCCCACUUCUGUCAAAAAAUGCUCUGAGUUGUUUCCGACAUGCUCGCGGCGUGGGGACUGCUGCCGCCACGGAGGCCCGGGACAUCCUGGACAAAGAAUUAGACGGAAUCCGAGAAGCCGGGACAUGGAAAACGGAGAGAGUCAUUGUGUCAAAACAGGCGCCGUCAAUCAGAGUGGAGGGCCAGGGAUCGAGUAUUCUUAACUUCUGUGCAAAUAAUUAUCUUGGGUUGUCGAGUCACCCGGAGGUGAUCGAGGCGGGUAAAAUGGCACUGGAGACCCAUGGCUCUGGAGUCAGCUCAACCCGGUUUAUCUGUGGCACCAUCGACCUUCAUAAAGAGUUGGAACAAAAAAUAGCCCGUUUCCAUGGGCGGGAGGACGCCAUUUUAUAUGCUAGUUGCUUUGACGCGAACGCGGGGAUAUUUGAAGUUUUGUUGGGCCCCGAAGAUGCUGUGAUAUCCGAUGAGUUGAACCACGCCUCUAUCAUUGACGGAAUCCGUCUGUGUAAGGCGAAAAGGAUGAGGUACAAGCACAGGGAUAUGGCAGACCUAGAAACACAGCUAAAGGACGCCAGUUCCUGUCGAAUGAAACUUGUGGUGACGGACGGAGUGUUUAGCAUGGAUGGGAACGUGACACCAUUACCAGAAAUCUGUGCUUUAGCAAAUCAACAUAACGCUAUGGUGUUCAUUGAUGAGUGUCACGGGACCGGAUUUUUCGGACCUACAGGCAGAGGAACAGAGGAGUACUUUGGAAUGGAAGGCUGUUCUGAUAUCAUCAACUCCACGCUGGGGAAGGCUUUAGGAGGAGCGGCAGGAGGGUACACCGCGGGCCCUCAGCAACUUGUCGAAUUACUGCGUCAGAGGUCAAGGCCAUAUCUCUUCUCAAACGCCCUACCACCGGCUGUCGUGGCGUGCGCCAGUAAGGCGCUUGACUUGAUCAUCGCAAACGAUGACCUCAACAAGAAGGUGCUAUCAAACACCAAACAGUUCCGUGCAAAGAUGCAAGACGCUGGAUUUACUGUCGGGGGAGACCCAGCCCAUCCCAUCUGUCCUGUGAUGUUGGGCGAUGCCAGGUUAGCUAGUGCUUUUGCCGAUCAGAUGUUGGAGAGAGGGAUAUAUGUGAUAGGAUUCAGCUUCCCAGUGGUACCUACAGGAAAGGCCCGGAUCCGUGUCCAGCUGUCGGCUGCGCACACAGAACAGGAAGUUGACAGGGCCGUAGAUGCGUUUGUAGAUAUUGGAAGGAAAUUAAAUGUGAUCAGCUAGUGAGCGUAGCUAUGGUAACGGGACUGUUUAAAUCUUGUCAAAACUGAAACAAACAUGUUAUAUAUGGAUAUAACGUAUUAUGUACAAUCAUCAUUCCAAUACUAUAUCGAGGACUUUAAACAAACUCUAUUCUAUCUGAUACAUCUUUUGUUUUCCCAGUCAGAAAGUAAUUGAUGUGUGCAUGGAUGUUUUUUUAGGAAACCGUAAUAUUGAUUUCGAUUAGAUGGCGACGAGUAAGCUGUUACUAUGCUAUGAUUCAGUUAAUAUUGUAAUAAAAAUGAGAUAUGAA